AUGACAGGAAGAGGAGGAGGAACCGAAGAGGAAGAGGGAGGUAGGGAGGACAGUGAUGUGGAUACAGAUGACAUCGUUGGGAGUUCUUGUCUUGAUCAAAGAAGAACUGAAAGACUGACCAUUCCCACUGUCCACUCCCUCCAAGCCAGGAGGGGACUAAAACUGUUAAAACACAAGACAACCUGUCCUGUGCCUGACCAAGCAGAGUCCCACUAGAGGCAGACAGACAGACCAACACAAGCAAGUCUAGUACUGUCUGUUUGCCUAGCUCCAAAUAUCACUGCAAUUUCAGCCUCACUGCACACAGGCACUCAGAGGAUGUUUAGUGGCCUGCCGCGACUCCCAGUGCUCGGCUCCGAGUGCUUCGUGUCACGGCUACAGCCGUUAUAGCCCCAGCCCCUACACACACACACACACGCACACAGUUCAGUCCUUCAGGGGCACAGGCUAUGGCAGGAUGAUAACUUCAGCUGUGACACCAGUGUUAUUCCCAGAGCUGUGGCUCUAAGCUGCUAAUUGGAGGAAGUUGAUUUGUCCCGUGAGAGGAAGUACAGAGUCGAUGAAAGACCUCCUGGAGAAAACAGAUGGCCCUAUGGGAUACAUAUCUGCCACCAAAUGGCUCUCUGGUUUAUGAAGAGACUACUCUACACAGGCAAACACACACACACACACACACACACACACACAUAAACACAAACACACACACACACCCUAAGCACAGAGGAGAGAAAGAGGCCCUGGAGUGGCAUUUAAUGAAGCUGACCUGAAGCGGUCAGGGAGCUGACUUAAACCAUGUGCUGUAGUGGAGUUGUGGGGCCACGAUUCUCACUUAUUAUCAGAAGGAUAAAACAAGCCAUCAAAUGGACAAACAAACUCCAGAGAGUAGUGGUGGAAUGGUAAAAAGAUGACAGGAAGGGGAGGAGGAACCGGAUAGGAAGAGGAUGGUAGGGAGGACACAGAUUAGUGAUGCACGGGUCAGCUAACUGAGCAUUGCAUUCUCUCAAGAUGCAGAAAUAAAUAAAUCAUAUUUCUCCACUACUGUUCCCAAAUUUUGCCUACAUUUGGCGUAUAAUAUUACUGCAGGAGUUAUUAUUAAGGCAAUAGCCCUAUUCGCGCUGGACUAGUAUUACUAGAGUACGUUGGUUAUGUAUUUAUUACCCCAGAAUGUCCGUUAUUCCAGAGGCACAAUAUAUUUUUAAUUAUGCAUUUGGCGAUGUUCAAUUCAUUUGCACAAAACGUAUAAACAAAAGCAUUCACUGUGAAAGUCGAUCCAUGUAGGCCCUUCAUAUACAGUGCAUUCGGAAAGGAUUCAGACCCCUUGACUAUUUCCACAUUUUGUUACGUUAUAGCCUUAUUCUAAAAUCGAUUAAAUUGUUUUUGUUUCACUCAUCAAUCUACACACAAUACCCCAUAAUGACAAAGCAAAAGCAGAUUUUUAGAAAUGUUUGCACCUUUUUUUUUUAAUGAAAAAACUGAAAUAUCACAUUAACAUAAGUAUUCAGGCCCUUUACUCAGUACUUUGUUGAAGCACCUUUGGCAGCGAUUACAGCCUCAAGUCUUCUUUGGUAUGAAGCUACAAGCUUGGCACACCUGUAUUUGGGGAGUUUCUCCCGUUCUUCGCUGCAGAUCCUCUCAAGCUCUGACAGGUUGGAUGGGGAGCGUCGCUGCACAGCUAUUUUCAGGUCUCUCCAGAGAUGUUCGAUCGGGUUUUAGUCCGGGCUCUGGCUGGGCCACUCAAGGACAUUCAGAGACUUGUCCUGAAGCCACUCCUGCGUUUUCUUGGCUGUGUGCUUAGGGUCGUUGUCCUGUUGGAAGGUGAACCUUGCCACAGUCUGAGGUCCUGAGCGCACUGAAGCAGGUUUUCAUCAAGGAUCUCUCUGUACUUUGCUCUGCUGAUCUUUCCCUUGAUCCUGACUAGUCUCCCAGUCCCUGCCGCUGAAAAACAUCCCCACAGCAUGAUGCUGCCACCACCAUGCUUCACCGUAGGGAUGGUGCCAGGUUUCCUCCAGUCGUGAUGCUUGGCCUUCAGGCCAAAGAGUUCGAUCUUGGUUUCAUCAGACCAGAGAAUCUUGUUUCUCAUGGUCUGAGAGUCCUUUAGGUGCCUUUUGCCAAACUCCAAGCGGGCUGUCAUGUGCCUUUUACUGAGGAGUGGCUUCCGUCUGGCCACUCUACCAUAAAGGCCUGAUUGGUGGAGUGCUGCAGAAAUGGUUUUCCUUCUGGAAGGUUUUCCCAUCUCUACAGAGGAACUCUGGAUCUCUGUCAGAGUGACCAUCGGGUUCUUGGUCACCUUCCUGACCAAGGCCCUUCUCCCCCGAUUGCUCAGUUUGGCCGGGCGGCCAGCUCUAGGAAGAGUCUUGGUGGUUCCAAACUUCUUCCAUAAAGGGCGGCAGGUAGCUUAGUGGGUAAGAGCGUUGUGCCAGUAACCGAAAGGUCGCUGGUUCUAAUCCCCGAGCCGACUAGGUGAAAAAUCUGUCGAUGUGCCCUUAAGCAAGGCACUUAACCCUAAUUGCUCCUGUAAGUCGCUCUGGAUAAGAGCGUCUGCUAAAUGACUAAAAUGUAAAUGUAAUAAAAAAUGUUGGUACCCUUCCACAGAUCUUUGCCUCGACACAAUUCUGUCUCGGAGCUCUACGGACAAUUUCUUCGACCUCAUGGCUUGAUUUUUGCUCUGACAUGCACUGUCAACUGUGGGACCUUAUAUAGACAGGUGUGUGCCUUUCCAAAUCAUGUCCAAUCAAUUGAAUUUACCACAGGUGGACUCCAAUCAAGUUGUAGAAACAUCUCAAGGAUGAUCAAUGGAAACAGGAUGCACCUAAGCUACAUUUCGAGUCUAAUAGCAAAGGGUCUGAAUACUUAUGUAAAUAAGGUAUUUCUGUUUUUUAUUUUUAAGACAUUUGCAAAGUUUUCUAAAAACCUGUUUCGCUUUGCCAUUAUGGGGUAUUAUGUGUAGAUUGAUGAGGGGAAAAAAUCAUUUAAUCCAUUUUAGAAUAAGGCUGUAACGUAACAAAAUGUGGAAAAAGGAAGGGUCUGAAUACUUUCCGAAUGCACUGUAUAAAUAGCACAAUAAUUAUACACUCAAUAUUUAAUGGCCCUAAACCCGUCCGCCCCGCGGAUACAACCGCGCGGACUGCGGGUUAUGAGUCAACCGUGCAUCACUAAUACAGAUGACGUCAUUGGGAGUUCUUGUCUUGAUCAAAGAAGAACUGAAAGUCCAUUCCCACUGACCACUCCCUCCAAGCCAGGAGGGGACUAAAACUGUUAAAACACAAGACAACCUGUCAUGUACCUGACCAAGCAGAGUCCCACUACAGACAGACCAACACAAGCAAGUCUAGUACUGACUGUUUGCCUAGCUCCAAAUGUCACUGCAGUUUCAGCUUCACUGCACACAAACAGGAUUCCUAGUGACCUGCCGCGAAUUCUGAGUGCUUUGUGUCACAACCCCAGCCCCCCACCCCCCCCCCCACCCCCCGACACACACACGCGCACACACACACACACACAGUUCAGUCCUUCAGGGGCACAGGCUAUGGCAGGAUGAUAACUUCAGCUGUGACACCAGUGUUAUUCCCAGAGCUGUGGCUCUAAGCUGCUAAUCGGAGGAAGUUGAUUUGUCCCGUAAGAGGAAGUACAGAGUCGAUGAAAGACCUCCUGGAGAAAACAGAUGGCCCUAUGGGAUACAUACAGUGGGGAAAAAAAGUAUUUAGUCAGCCACCAAUUGUGCAAGUUCUCCCACUUAAAAAGAUGAGAGAGGCCUGUAAUUUCCAUCAUAGGUACACAUGUCCAGGCCCGUCUGAAGUUUGCUAGAGUGCAUUUGGAUGAUCCAGAAGAGGAUUGGGAGAAUGUCAUAUGGUCAGAUGAAACCAAAAUAGAACUUUUUGGUAAAAACUCAACUCGUUGUGUUUGGAGGACAAAGAAUGCUGAGUUUCAUCCAAAGAACACCAUACCUACUGUGAAGCAUGGGGGUGGAAACAUCAUGCUUUGGGGCUGUUUUUCGUCAAAGGGACCAGGACGACUGAUCCGUGUAAAGGAAAGAAUGAAUGGGGCCAUGUAUCGUGAGAUUUUGAGUGAAAACCUCCUUCCAUCAGCAAGGGCAUUGAAGAUGAAACGUGGCUGGGUCUUUCAGCAUGACAAUGAUCCCAAACACACCGCCCGGGCAACGAAGGAGUGGCUUCGUAAGAAGCAUUUCAAGGUCCUGGAGUGGCCUAGCCAGUCUCCAGAUCUCAACCCCAUAGAAAAUCUUUGGAGGGAGUUGAAAGUCCGUGUUGCCCAGCGACAGCCCCAAAACAUCACUGCUCUAGAGGAGAUCUGCAUGGAGGAAUGGGCCAAAAUACCAGCAACAGUGUGUGAAAACCUUGUGAAGACUUACAGAAAACGUUUGACCUGUGUCAUUGCCAACAAAGGGUAUAUAACAAAGUAUUGAGAAACUUUUGUUAUUGACCAAAUACUUAUUUUCCACCAUAAUUUGCAAAUAAAUUCAUUAAAAAUCCUACAAUGUGAUUUUCUGGAGAGAAAAAAAUCUCAUUUUGUCUGUCAUAGUUGACGUGUACCUAUGAUGAAAAUUACAGGCCCCUCUCAUCUUUUUAAGUGGGAGAACUUGCACAAUUGGUGGCUGACUAAAUACUUUUUUCCCCCACUGUAUCUGCCACCAAAUGGCCCUCUGCGCUAAAGCGGUGUGGUUUAUGAAGAGACGACACUAGACAGGCAAACACACACAUCUGAAAAAAAUGGGUUCACGGAUGUGUUAAAAUGAAUUGGAGCAGUGCCAUAGGUUCUCUGCUCUCUGCUCCUGUCUCAUAUCAUUGCUCUCCUCUGCUGAUGAGGGUGAGGUGAGGCUCUCUCAGUGUGAGCCAAGUUUCCUCCCAGCACAACCGUAGCUGACCUCCAAGCUCUCCUCUGGUGGUCCUGUGUGGCAUGGUUGGUAGAGCAUGGCCCUUGCAAUGUAAGGAUCGUGGGUUCGAUUCCCGAGCUGGGGCCACCCAUAUGAUGAUUAAAUCAAAUACAAUUGUAUUUGUCACAUGUGCCAAAUUCAACAGGUGUAUACCUUACCGUGAAAUGCUUACUUACAAGCCCUUAACCAACAAUGCAGUUUUAAGAAAAAUAAGAGUUAAGAAAAAAUAUUGACUAAAUAAGCUAAAGUAAAAUAUAAAAGCACAACAAUAAAAUAACAAUAACGAGGCUAUAUAAAGGGGGUCAAUGUGUGGGGUUACAGGUUAGUCGAGGUAAUUUAGGUAAUAUGUACAUGUAGGUAGGGGUAAAGUGACUAUGCAUAGAUAAUAGAUAAUAAACAGCGAGUAGCAGCAGCGUUGUCGUGCCCUCUUCACGACUGUCUUGGUGUGUUUGGACAAUGAUAGUUUGUUGGUGAUGUGGACACCAAGGAACUUGAAGCUCUCAACCUGCUCCACUACAGCCCCGUCGAUGAGAAUGGUGGCGUUCUCAGUCCUCCUUUUCCUGUAGUCCACAAUCAUCUCCUUUGUCUUGAUCACGUUUAGGGAGAGGUUGUUGUCCUGGGAACACACUUCCAGCCUCCCAAUAGGCUGUCUCAUCGUUGUUGGGGAUCAGGCCUACCACUGUUGUGUCGUCGGCAAACUUAAUGAUGGUGUUAGAGUCGUGCCUGGCCACGCGGUCAUGGGUGAACAGGGAGUACAGGAGGGGACUAAGCACACACCUCUGAGAGGACCCCGUGUUGAGGAUCAGCAUGGCAAAUGUGUUGUUGCCUACCCUUACCACCUGGGGGCGGCCCGUCAGGAAGUCCAGGAUCCAGUUGCAGAGGGAGGUGUUUAGUCCCAGGGUCCUUAGCUUAGUGAUGAGCCUUGAGGGCACUAUGGUGUUGAACGCUGAGCUGUAGUCAAUGAACAGCAUUCUCACGUAGGUGUUCCUUUUGUCAAGGUGGGAAAGGGCAGUGUGGAGUGCAAUAGAGAUUGCGUCAUCUGUGGAUCUGUUGGGGCGGUAUGCAAAUUGGAGUGGGUCUAGGGUGUCUGGGAUAAUGGUGUUGAUGUGAGUCAUGACCAGCCUUUCAAAGCACUUCAUGGCUACAGACGUGAGUGCUACGGGUCGGUAGACAUUUAGGCAGGUUAGGUUGGUGUUCUUGGCCACAGGGACUAUGGUGGUCUGCUUGAAACAUGUAGGUGUUACAGUGCGGAUGUUGCCUGUAAUCCAUGGCUUUUGGUUGGGAUAUGUACGUACGGUCACUGUGGGGACAACGUCAUCGAUGCACUUAUUGAUGAAGCCGGUGACUGAUGUGGUAUACUCCUCAAUGCCAUCGGAUGAGUCCCGGAACAAAUUCCAGUCUGUGCUAGCAAAACAGUCCUGUAGCUUAGCAUCUGCGUCAUCUGACCACUUCCGUAUUGAGCGAGACACUGGUACUUCCUGCUUUAGUUUUAGCUUGUAAGCAGUAAUCAGGAGGAUAGAAUUAUAGUCAGAUUUGCCAAAUGGAGGGCGAGGGAGAGCUUUGUACGCGUCUCUGUGUGUGGUAGUAAAGGUGGUCUAGAGUUUUUUUUCCUCAGGUUGCACACGUAACAUGCUAGUAGAAAUUAGGUAAAUCGGAUUUAAAUUUCCCUGCAUUAAAGUCCCUGGCCACUAGGAGCGCCGCAUCUGGAUGAGCAUUUUCUUGUUUGCUUAUGGCUUUAUACAGCUCGUUGCGUGCGGUCUUAGUGCCAGCAUCGGUUUGUGGUGGUAAAUAGACAGCUACGAAAAAUAUAGAUGAAAACUGUCUUGGUAAAUAGUGUGGUCUACAGCUUAUCAUGAGAUACUCUACCUCAGGCGAGCAAAACCUUGAGACUUCCUUAAUAUUAGAUUUCGUGCACCAGCUGUUAUUGACAAAUAGACACAGACCGCCACUCCUUGUCUUACCGGAGGCAGCUGUUCUGUCUUGCCGAUGCAUAGAAAAACCAGCCAACUGUAUAUUAUCCAUGUCGUCGUUCAGCCACGACUCGGUGAAACAUAAGAUAUUACAGUUUUUAAUGGUAGGGUAGUCUUGAACGGAGCUCAUCCUGUUUAUUCUCCAAUGAUUGCACGUUGGCCAAUAGGACGGAUGGUAGAGGCGGGUUACCCACUCACCGACAAAUUCUCACAAGGCACCCGGACCUGCGUCCCCUUCUCUUCAUGCGAAUGACGGGGAUUUGGGCCUGGUCGGGUAUCUGGAGUAAAUCCUUCGCGUCCGACUCGUUAAAGAAAAAAUAUUUGUCCAGUUCGAGGUGAGUAAUCGCUGUUCUGAUAUCCAGAAGCUCUUUUCGGUCAUAAUAGACAGUGGCAGAAUCAUUAUGUACAAAAUAAGUUACAAAUAAUGCGAAAAAACACACAAAAUAGCACAAUUGGUUAGGAGCCCGUAAAAUGGCAGCCAUCUCCUCUGGCGCCAUUGUACAUGAUAUAUGCAUGCACUACUGUAAUUCGCUUCGGAGAAAAGAGUCUCUAUAUGUUAGGUAUGUUGUUAUUGUGUCUCUGUGUCCCCCGCAGAAAGCAGUGUUCACGACGGAAGCAAUGACAACGAUGGCAGCGUGUGUGGCAGUGACUCCACCUUCUACAGGCAGAGUGAAGGUACACAACCCCAUAUAGGUGGCGUCCUGGUCAAAAGUAGUGCACUACAUAGGGAAUGGGGUGCCAUUUGGCACACAACCAUGGAAACCAACAAAUUAAAAAUGGUAAUUUGUAGCAGGUAUAUCUGUUUCAUCAGGCUAGCACAUUACAUAUACCCACAGCAUGACACAGCAUUAUAGUAUGGGGGGUGUAGAACUACACACUGCGUGGUCUUCUUGUUCCAGAGGUCUGAGUCCCUCCCAGUCGGCCACUUGUGAAUCACAGCAGCACUCCACCACAGCACUGACAUUAGUUCGCAAAUAAACCACUUUGCUCUGCACUAGUAAUGUUUUGUUUGUCUAAUAUAUCUGUAAUUAAAUCUGCUAUUUAGAUAAUGACUGCUCCUGAAAGGGCUGCAAGUAAACGUGUGUGUGUGUGUGUGUGUGUGUGUGUGUGUGUUCGCAGGACACAGCAUGGCAGAGACCCUCACUGUUGCCCUGCGUGUUGCUGAGGAGGCCAUAGAGGAAGCCAUCGCCAAGGCAGAGGAGUUUACUGACAGCUUGGUGAGACAAUAGUCCUGCUGUGUGUGUGUGUGUCUGUUUCAUUCUUUCUUUCUUUCUUUCUUUCUUUCUUUCUUUCUUUCUUUCUUUCUUUCUUUCUUUCUUUCGUUCUUUCGUUCUUUCUUUCUUUCGUUCUUUCGUUCUUUCGUUCUUUCGUUUCUUUCUUUCUUUCUUUCUUUCUUUCUUUCUUUCUUUCUUUCUUUCUUUCUUUCUUUCUUUCUUUCUUUCUUUCUUUCUUUCUUUCUUUCUUUCUUUCUUUCUUUCUUUCUUUCUUUCUUUCUUUCUUUCUCUCUCUCAGAUUCAGAUAAGCUUUAUUAGCAUGAAUGACAAGGCCACUGUUGCUAAAGCGACAUGAGAUAAUGACAACAAUAACAGUUAAAAAUAAGUCUCUCUGUCUCUCACCAUGUCUCUUUUGAUUUGGAGCUUUUGGGAUAAGGGUUUUGCUGUAGUUCUGACCAGGCUUUGAUGUCUCUGUGUUGCAGGAGAAGCAGAAUGAGGCACGCUACCUGCAGGACCACAAAGAGGAACUUAUAGAGGAACUUGCCACAACCAUCGUACAAAAAGUAAGUUUGGAGUUUGGUGUGGAGUUUUUGGUCACAUCUAACAUUAAGCUCUCGCUCUCGCUCCUCUCCUCUCGUCUCGUUUCAUCUCCUCUUCUCUCCUUCUCUCUCCCAGAUCAUCCAGAGGAGGAAGCGUUCAGAGAUGCAGACAGAGUAUGACUUUGUUUGGCCCCAGAGCCAGGGCCAGCCCCAGGACAGUGAGAUGUCCUCCCCCAGCCUGCCCCCUCACAGCAUCCUGGCCCAGGCCAACCGGGCCCACCUCAAGAGCUCCUAUUCCCUCUGGGUCAGUCUGGUUAGGAAGCCCUCACUACACUACACUACCCUACAGUACGCUAUACUUCACUACUCUACACUAUACUACAAUACCCUACGCUACCAUGCACUAAGAUAAGCUACACUACACUACGCUACCAUGCAAUACUCUACCAUGCACUACGCUAUGUUACACUAUGUUACACUAUGCUAUGCUACGUUACACUACACUACACUGCACUGCACUGCAAUACACUACACUACAGUACUGUACAGUAAAGGCGUCCGCAUACUAGGUUCGGUUUGCUUCUAGGAGAACUCGGCUAGGCGUAGCAAACAUCUAUGCCUCGCAUACUCCGUUAAUUAAAAGACAUUUGCUUGAAAAACAAAUAUUACUGGCAAUAUUACUGUUUGUCCCUCUUGAGACGCCAUAGCCUUGGCAAAAGUAUUCAUCCCUCUUGGCGUUUUUCCUAUUUUGUUGCAUUACAACCUGUAACUUAAAUUGGAUUUUUAUUUGGAUUUCAUGUAAUGGACAUACACAAAAUAGUCCAAAUUGGUGAAGUGAAAUGAAAAAAAUAACUUCUUUCAAAAAAAAUAACCCCAAAAAAUAACGGAAAUGUGUAUUCAUCCCCUUUGCUAUGAAGCCCCUAAAUAAGAUCGGGUGCAACCAAUUACCUUCAGAAGUCACAUAAUUUGUUAAAUAAAGUCCACCUGUGUGCAAUCUAAGUGUCACAUGAUCUGUCAGAUGAUCUCAGCGUAUAUACACCUGUUCUGAAAGGCCCCAGAGUCUGCAACACCACUAAGCAAGGGGCACCACCAAGCAAGCGGCACCAUGAAGACCAAGGAGCUCUCCAAACAGGUCAGGGACAAAGUUGUGGAGAAGUACAGAUCAGGGUUGAGUUAUAAAAAAAUAUCAGAAACUUUGAACAUCCCACUGAGCACCAUUAAAUCCAUUAUUAAGACAUUUAAAUAAUAUGGCACCACAACAAACCUGCCAAGAGAGGGGCGCCCACCAAAACCCACGGACCAGGCAAGGAGGGCAUUAAUCAGAGAGGCAACAAAGAGACCAAAGAUAACCCUGAAGGACCUGCAAAGCUCCACAGCGGAGAUUGGAGUGUCUGUCCAUAGGACCACUUUAAAAAAGCCAUUGCUUAAAGAAAAAAAUAAGCAAACACUUUUGGUGUUCACCAAAAGGCAUGUGGGAGACUCCCCAAACACAUGGAAGAAGGUACUCUGGUCAGAUGAGACUAAAAUUGAGCUUUUUGGCCAUCAAGGAAAACGCUAUUUCUGCCACAAACCCAACACCUCUCAUCACCCCGAGAACACCAUCCCCACAGUGAAGCAUGGUGGUGACAGCAUCAUGCUGUGGGGAUGUUUUUCAUCGGCAGGGACUGGGAAACUGGUCAGAAUUGAAGGAAUGAUGGAUGGCACUAAACACAGGGAAAUUCUUGAGGGAAACCUGUUUCAGUCUUCCAGAGAUUUGAGACUGGGACGGAGGUUCACCUUCCAGCAGGGGAAACAUUUAAAUGUCUUGGAAUGGCCUAGUCAAAGCUCAGACUUAAAGAUUGCUGUACACCAGCGGAACCCAUCCAACUUGAAGGAGCUGGAGCAGUUUUGCCUUGAAGAAUGGGUAAAAAUCCCAGUGGCUAGAUGUGUCAAGCUUAUAGAGACAUACCCCAAGAGACAUGUAUGCACACAUGACUAAGUCGCUUUGGAUAAAAGCGUCUGCUAAAUGGCAUAUUAUUAUUAUAUUAGACUUGCAGCUGUAAUUGCUACAAAAGGUGGCUCUACAAAGUAUUGACUUUGGGGGGGUGAACAGUUAUGCACACUCAAGUUUUGUCUUAUUUCUUGUUUGUUUCACAAUAACAAAUAUUUUGCGUCUUCAUAGUGAAUACAUAUUUCUGUGGAAACAUAACCAACCCUGUUACACAGACAAUACAAUAAUAUUUACAUUUUUUGUUCCAAUACUCAUUUGCAUGUUGUAUAAAUCAAAUGAUACAAACCCCCAAAAAAUCAAUUUUAAUUCCAGGUUGUAAGGCAACAAAAUAGGAAAAAGGCCAUGGGGGUGAAUACUUUCGCAAGCCACUGUACACUUCCUCAAAAUAGUCAGAAUUAAUCUAAGAUAAAUCAAGAAAUCUGUAAUUAAAUGUUUUUGCCGAGGUGGUCUUAGUCGUGCAAUUUGACAUCUAACUAAGAUGUUUGGGGCAGUAUUUGUCAAGUUAUUUUUUUUGCAUGAAAACUAGUUGUCUCUCGUUGAAUGACAACAUUUAAUUGAAGAAUCCCAUCCAUAGUUCCCACUCAUACUAGGAGUAGUUCUGUUGACCAAUCACCGACAAAGGGGCGUGUACUUUGGCUACUGAACUUCGACUUACCUCAAGAAGAAAUGUUGUGUGCUCGAACAUCCCCCCCAAAAAACUCCUGAACAAUAAAACUAACAAAAACUGAACCACAUUUUGUCAUAAUAUGUGCAUGAACUGUUUUGAGCGGGAACCAUGCGACAGGCUUAAGCUCCACUAUACUACACUACACUACCCUUUGUCCUGACCAUUUGACCUGACCCAGGAAAAACUAAAUAUAGUCUGUAGGUAGGGCUUGGAGUUUUGGGGUAUAACUAGGACCCAGAGUUUUUCCCUGGUCAGGGCAUAUGGGACAGGAUCAAUUAUUUGCCCUAUGUGAUGAGAUAUGGGGACAGACGGGGUUGAGGUCUGGCGAAGACCAAAUGUAAUUACUUUAAUGGUGCUGGCAGAUUUUCCCAUGAAUGCUUCUCCACUGAGGGUUGUGUAACCAGUUUGUACCUGUGACUUAUACAGUAGCUUUCCAGGUAAACCUCCACACACACACACACCUAGCAGUGUUUCACAGGGGUAGUCAGAGGGGACCUGGUCCCGUGUGUGUGAGGCAGGCACAGCAGUGGAAUCAUGGCUAUGUUCCCAGCCCUUCUCCUGUCCCAGUCUGUCUGUUACACUCAACCAUGAUCAAAGUCCUGCAGAAAUAUACAGAGAUUCUCCUCAACUCCCUGGCUCACAGAGGGAUGAGUUCCCUUUAUUAACGCUCUGCAAACACACACACACACACACAUACAUACAGGCACACACACAAACACAGGUGCGCACAUACACAUACAGUCACGCACACACUCUUAUGAAUGAGCUCAGAGUGAGUGUGUAUGCGUGUCUGUAAGUAGAGAUUUAGUAGUAUUUGGUUGAGAUUAGUUACUCAUACACUGUUUUUGUUCAUAUUUGUAGUUCUCUGAUAUCCAGAUUGUAGUUCUCUGAAACCCAGAUUGUAGUUCUCUGAUACCCAGAUUGUAGUUCUCUGGUGCCCCCUGCAGACUCUAUAUAUUAAUCACAUCCAUUAGACUGGUUGUUCUUACCAAAUGGCACCCUAUCACAUUUACAUUUUAGUCAUUUAGCAGACGCUCUUAUCCAGAGCGACUUACAGUUAGUGAGUGCAUACAUUUUCAUACUGGCCCCCCGUGGGAAUUGAACUCACAACCCUGGCGUUGCAAACACCAUGCUCUACCAACUGAGCUACACGGGGGGGCCAUUGUUACCUAUAGUAUAUUACUUUGUAGGGAAUAGGGUGCCAUUUGGGACGAAGCCUGAAAGUCAGUCUUACAAUGUACCAGGAUGCCAGAAGAACACAAACUCCAGUUGCCAUUUACUUUCAAUGCCUUCUGAGAUUGUAACCAAACAACUAGUUCAAUUUCAGUUGGAUCAGUGAAUACCAGCACAUGGUCUGUGGUAUCUACAUUGCCACCCAAACAAACCAAGCUAAUCUUUUGUACCUAAGCCUGAAAUGUUUGGCUGGAACUGGAGCGUGGGAAAAUUGCUCCCCAGAACGCAAUUUUGCCACUGUGCCUGUUACAUUUGAAGCUGUCCUUGGCUGGUAGGCCCAGAAUGCAUCAUUCUGUGUAAUACUUUGUUACCGUUUCAGCGCUUGUAGUUUUUAAAUUGUGUAGCCUAUCAUUUACGUGUGUGUGUGUGUGUGUGUGUGUGUGUGUGUGUGUGUGUGUGUGUGUGCGUGUGCGUGCGUGUGCGUGUGUGUGUGUGCACAGAGGUCGCGGUCUGCGUUCUCCCUGACCAGUGAUGAUUCUCCAGAGAAGACCACUGAGGCACUAGUGGGGGCAGGGGGAGGUGGAGGGGUACAGGACUACGCCUCUCUUAAGGACACUGCAAGGGCCUCCUCACUGCCCAGCUGGAAGAGUGUGGACCGCCUGGACAACUCCAGUAAGACACACACUGAAACAUAGAUCCCUCAUACAGUCACACACACACAUUAGAGACGUCCAUAGCGAAAUCAUCCGUAUUGUCACACACAACACUCUACACUCAACCCAGAGAGAUAUGUCCAUAUUGUCAUACAUUACAUGCAAAGACAUGUCAGUACAGUCAUGUCUGUCAUUUGUACAGUCAAAUAUGUUACAUGCAACAAGACAAUUCCAUACAGUUACAUUCACAGGAAGAAUGCUGUGUUUGUCACAUACGUAAAGCUAUGGAUAUGUUUAUCUGUGCUUGUAUGUACAGGUGCGUCCUCGGUGCUGCAGAGCCCUGACGGUAACUGGAUCGCUCUGCAGAGCUCUCAGCACUCCCGUCCCAGCCUACUGACCAAGAGAAAGUCGUUAGUGUUCAGCGUCCUGGAGAAAGAGUCUGGCGUAGUCUCGGCCUACGACGAGAUGGGCUCCGAGUCCGACCAGGAGGACGACAAGGGGGGCUGGGGGGCCGCGCUGCGCCAGUUCCAACGGAAACUCUCAGACGAGACGUACUACACGGACUCCCAGCACGACCCUGAGUGGACGUACACCCCGGUCCACCUCCCGGUCACCUCGCCCUCCUCGGGCCAGUACACCAACACAGAGACCCUCAACUCUGACUCAGAGUCCUCCUCGGUACCCUCCACCCGCCCCCUGCAAACCCCUCCAGAACUUAAUGAAGAAGACAGGCCCUAACCCGGACCAGCAUCUUCAUCCCCAACAAGCUCAGUACCACCAUCAUCAGCAUCAGCAUCAGCAUCAACACCAGAACCUCCCUUCGUACUCGCUCCAUCCGGAGGCGCUGGAUGUGAACUUUAACCCCAAGGUGACAGGGGACAGCAGGCAAAGCAACCAUGUCAGGAGGUCACGGAGACGCAGGAAGAGCAAGAGGGAGCUGGCGGGGAACCACACACAGCCCCUUUAUUCACCAUCUGCACAGGUGGGAGGACAUCACUCAAAGCCUUGAGGAAGGUUUUACUUGCAAUGACUGUGAUAUGUGGUUGUCUUAUCUACCUUAGUUGAAUGCACUGACUGUAAAUCUCUCUGGCUGACAGUUUCUGCUAAUUGACAAAAAAUAAAGAUAUGGAGCGUGUAGCAGCUACACCAAUAUCUUCUAAUUUCUCAUUGACAGCAAUAGAUUGAGGUACAGAGAUGUUUUAAUCAUCUUUACUCCACCUCAUUCUAGUUGUUAUAAAUGUCUGAAAAAAGGUGUGAAGUCAUUGGUCAACCCUCAUAAGACGAUUGUGAAACAUUACUACACCACUAGGUGGCAGGAAAGGACAAUGUUUUUUCAUAUUGAAAGAAAUAAGCUUUAAGGUCUCUCCCUAUUGCUCUCUCUUUCUGUCUCUUUCUGUCUCUUCUGUCUCUCUCUCUCUCUCUCUCUCUCUCUCUCUCUCUCUCUCUCUCUCUCUCUCUCUCUCUCUCUCUCUCUCUCUCUCUCUCUCUCGAUCUCCACCCGUAGGAGAACAGUUUCCUGCUGAACGCCCUGCUAAAAGUGGCAUGAGUGAGGAGAUGCCAGCGCCUGAUGUGGAGCCCAUGCCCGAGAACUCCUCUCAGGUCAUGACCCCCGAGCCCGAGAACCAGGACACUGUGGCCCCUAACUCUGCGGCCCCCAGCUCCGCUAACCGCAUGGCCCCUGCCCCUGGCCCCCUGUCCCCCAGCAGCUCUGGGCCCGGCUCUGGAGACACACUGGAGCAGGAGCUCUACUCCAAACUGGGCCAGCUGGUUGGACGAGCCAACAGCAAGGAAGUAGUGAGCUCGUCCGAAGACGAGACAAUCAAAAGUCCCCCCGGAAGGAGAGACAGAGACCGAGAAAGUGACAGACCGAAAGAGAAGCUGAGGCAGAAUGAGAGAGAGCGAGAUCGGCAGAGACAGAGUGAGAGACAGAGCAGUAAAAGUAGGGAUAGGACAAAGAGAGAGACAAUGGAGUCAGUGAACGGGCCGGAACUGAAAAAGAGAGAGAGACUAAUGGAAAGUCCGACAUUGAGAGAGGAGGAGAGAGAGAAGGAGAGGAGGUUGGAGAGAGGAGGGAAGAGUUUGGAAGUGAAAGUAGAUGACAGGGAAAAUAAGACAGUGGAGAAGAACAGGCAAAGUAAGAGACGACAGAGAAAAGAGGUGGACGGAGAGACCGCAAAAAAGGGGGAACAAGUGGAAGACAGAAAAGAAAAGGCAGGAUCCACACCCUCCUCGCCUGCAAUUACCCCAUCUAUCCAGGAGGGGGUGCUGUGUGGUGGACAGGUGAGCAGAGCGAGGCGGAACAGGAAGUCUUUAUUUCAUGUUUAGCUUUAGCCAUAGAGUUGGAAAGAGGGCCAAAUCUAGGGAUAUGGAUACUUGGAUAGGGAUGCUUGGCCCAAAGCCUGUUUUAGCAUGGAAAAGAUAGGAGAUGAGCUCUUUAGUACAUCUCUAUGGCUUUAGCCUACCAUCCACAACCUGUCUGUCCUGUCUGUGUCCUCACCUAAACACGGCAGGGGGCUACCCUGAGUUAUCUUUACUCUUAUCUUAAACUCUCUGUUUCUUACUCCUCUAUCUUGUUUCUCUCGGUCACUCCUUUAUUUUCCCUCCCUUUCUUCUGUCUGUACCUUCUACUCAUCCUUAACCUCUCCCUCUUCGCUCACCUCUUCUCUAAUCCAUAUUUUUCUGUGACAUCCAUGUCCCACAUCUGUCUUUCACCUGUUUCUCUCUAUCUCUCCUUCCCCUUCUCCCUUUCUCCUGUGUCUUUCUGUCCGUCCACCUGUCCGUCCAUGUGUGUCUGUCUGUCAGGAGGGACAGAAUGGGAUGGAACUACAGCAGAGGCUACAGUUGCUCUCCUCUCUCUUACAGCAGGUGAGAUCUACUGUCUCUAUAACACAGGCCCCAGUCAGGGACACACACACACAUACCCUUGUAUGCAACAUGAGUCAUGACUAACAGUCCCAACCUUAACAUUCACAUGAUGCAACCCCAAAACAAUCAAAUUAAUCAGAUUUCUGUGAUGGAACAACUAACACACUCAGGCAUGCACACAUGCAUCUAUCUGAUGAUUCACUUCUUACAAUGCUUAGACACAAGUAAGGCAUCAUCAAGUGAAACAUGGUAGUUUUGUCAGGGGCCAUAACGGUAUUAGUAACUCUCUCUCUAUAAUUUACUUCAGUUGUCUCGUGUCCUAAAUAGCACCCUAUGCCCUAUAUAGUGCACUACUUUUAACCAGUGCGUGUAGGGAAUAGGUUACCAUUUGGGACGUAGGUUUGCUCUUAUCUAGAGGUAGUCUAUUUUAGGGACUUCUGGACACGUUCAUAUACAGUGGGGGAAAAAAGUAUUUAGUCAGCCACCAAUUGUGCAAGUUCUCCCACUUAAAAAGAUGAGAGAGGCCUGUAAGUUUCAUCAUAGGUACACGUCAACAAUGACAGACAAAUUGAGAAAAAAUAAUCCUGAAAAUCACAUUGUAGGAUUUUUAAUGAAUUUAUUUGCAAAUUAUGGUGGAAAAUAAGUAUUUGGUCACCUACAAACAAGCAAGAUUUCUGGCUCUCACAGACCUGUAACUUCUUCUUUAAGAGGCUCCUCUGUCCUCCACUCGUUACCUGUAUUAAUGGCACCUGUUUGAACUUGUUAUCAGUAUAAAAGACACCUGUCCACAACCUCAAACAGUCACACUCCAAACUGCACUAUGGCCAAGACCAAAGAGCUGUCAAAGGACACCAGAAACAAAAUUGUAGACCUGCACCAGGCUGGGAAGACUGAAUCUGCAAUAGGUAAGCAGCUUGGUUUGAAGAAAUCAACUGUAGGAGCAAUUAUUAGGAAAUGGAAGACAUACAAGACCACUGAUAAUCUCCCUCGAUCUGGGGCUCCACGCAAGAUCUCACCCCGUGGGGUCAAAAUGAUCACAAGAACGGUGAGCAAAAAUCCCAGAACCACACAGGGGGACCUAGUGAAUGACCUGCAGAGAGCUGGGACCAAAGUAACAAAGCCUACCAUCAGUAACACACUACGCCGCCAGGGACUCAAAUCCUGCAGUGCAAGACGUGUCCCCCUGCUUAAGCCAGUACAUGUCCAGGCCCGUCUGAAGUUUGCUAGAGUGCAUUUGGAUGAUCCAGAAGAGGAUUGGGAGAAUGUCAUAUGGUCAGAUGAAACCAAAAUAGAACUUUUUGGUAAAAACUCAACUCGUCGUGUUUGGAGGACAAAGAAUGCUGAGUUGCAUCCAAAGAACACCAUACCUACUGUGAAGCAUGGGGGUGGAAACAUCAUACUUUGGGGCUGUUUUUCUGCAAAGGGACCAGGACAACUGAUCCGUGUAAAGGAAAGAAUGAAUGGGGCCAUGUAUCGUGAGAUUUUGAGUGAAAACCUCCUUCCAUCAGCAAGGGCAUUGAAGAUGAAACGUGGCUGGGUCUUUCAGCAUGACAAUGAUCCCAAACACACCGCCCGGGCAACGAAGGAGUGGCUUCGUAAGAAGCAUUUCAAGGUCCUGGAGUGGCCUAGCCAGUCUCCAGAUCUCAACCCCAUAGAAAAUCUUUGGAGGGAGUUGAAAGUCCGUGUUGCCCAGCGACAGCCCCAAAACAUCACUGCUCUAGAGGAGAUCUGCAUGGAGGAAUGGGCCAAAAUACCAGCAACAGUGUGUGAAAACCUUGUGAAGACUUACAGAAAACGUUUGACCUGUGUCAUUGCCAACAAAGGGUAUAUAACAAAGUAUUGAGAAACUUUUGUUAUUGACCAAAUACUUAUUUUCCACCUUAAUUUGCAAAUAAAUUCAUUAAAAAUCCUACAAUGUGAUUUUCUGGAUUUUUUUUCCUCAUUUUGUCUGUCAUAGUUGACGUGUACCUAUGAUGAAAAUUACAGGCCUCUCUCAUCUUUUUAAGUGGGAGAACUUGCACAAUUGGUGGCUGACUAAAUACUUUUUUUCCCCACUGUAUAAAUGUUAUUCAAAGCCACUAGGAAUAGAUGGAGUCAUGAGUGAAAAGCUGAUGGUGCUGUAUUCAAUUUAGAUAUAUGAAGCCGAUUGCAUUAGCUUAUACCCUUACGGAAAAACCACAUGAUUUCACAUGUGGAAAAAUCACAUGAUUUCAUGUGAAAUUGUGACAUGUUUUGCACAUAUCAAAUGUUAUUUUACGUGAUAUUUCACAUGUGAAAUCAUGUAGUUUCACGUGGAUAUUCUUCACAUGAGAUUUCACAGGUGAUGCCCUGCGAAUGUAAAUUCGUCGUUAGGAUGUCUCCGGAACAUCACGCAGUCGCAGUGUUUAACUUACAUAUUUGACACACUUUGACAUACAGUACCUUCAGAAAGUAUUCACACCCCUUGACCUUUCCCACAUUUUUGUUGUGUUAAAGCCUGAAUUUAAAAUGGAUUCCAUUGAGAUUGUUGGUCACUGGCCCACACACAAUACCCCAUCACGUCAAAGUGGAAUUAUGUUUUUAGAAAUGUUUACAAAUUAAUUAAAAAUGAAAUGCUGAAAUGUAUUCAACCCCUUUGUUUUACAAGCCUAAAUAAGUUCAGGAGUAAACAUUUGCUUAACAACCCACAUGGACUCUGUGUGCAAUAAUAGUGUUUAACAUGAUUUUGUAAUGACUACCUCAUCUCUGUACCCCACACAUACAAUUAUCUGUAAGGUUCCUCAGUCGAGCAUGAAUUUCAAACACAGAUUUAACCACAAAGACCAGGGAUGUUUUCUAAUGCCUCACAAAGAAGGGCACCUAUUGGUAGAUGGAUAGUUUUUAAAGCAGAUAUUGAAUAUCCCUUUGAGUAUUGUGACGUUAUUAUCAAUACACCCAGUCACUACAAAGAUACAGGCGUCCUUCCUAACUCAGUUGCUGGAGAGGAAGAAAACUGCUCAGGGAUUUCACCAUGAGGCCAAUGGUGUCUUUAAAACAGUUAGUGUAAUGGCUGUGAUAGGAGAAAACUGAGGAUGGAUCAAUAACAUUGUAGUUACUCCAUAAUACGAACCCAAUUGACAGAGUGAAAAGAAGGAAGCCUGUACAGAAUAAAAUGUUCCAAAACAUGCAUCUUGUUUGCAACAUGUAAUACAGCAAAAAAUGUGGCAAAGCAAUUUAACUUUUUGUUCUGAUUUGGGGCAAAUCCAAUAAAAUGUUUUCAAGCAUAGUGGUGGCUGCAUUAUGUUAUGGGUAUGCUUGUAAUCUUUAUGGAUUGGGAAGUUUUUCAGGAUAAAAAAUAAACGGAAUGGAGCCAAGCACAGUCAAAAUCCUAGGAUAACCUGGUUCAGUCUGCUUUCCACCAGACACUGGGAGAUGAAUAACCUAAAACACAAGGCCAAAUCUACACUGGAGUUGCUUACCAAGAAGACAGUGAAUGUUCCUGAGUGGCCGGGUUACAAUUUUGACUUAAAUAUGCUUGAAAAUCAAUGGCAAGACCAAAAACAAUGGUUGUCUAGCAAUGAUCAAUAACCAAUUUGACAGAGCCUGAAGAAUUUUGAAAAUAACAUUUUUUAUUUUUUUAUUUUUUUUAUUUCACCUUUAUGUCUCCUGAGUGGCGCAGUGGUCUAAGGCACUGCAUCGCAGUGCUAACUGUGCCACUAGAGAUCCUGGUUCGAAUCCAGGCUCUGUCGCAGCCGGCCGCGACCGGGAGACUCAUGGGCGGCGCACAAUUGGCCCAGCGUCGUCCAGGGUAGGGGAGGGAAUGGCCAGCAGGGAUGUAGCUCGUUGAUUAGAGGCAUGGCGUGUGAAAAGCCAGGGUUGUGGGUUCGAUUCCACGGCGGGGCCAGUAUAAAAAAUAUAUGUAUUCACUAACUGUAAGUCGCUCUGGAUAAGAUCGUCUGCUAAAUGACUAAAAUGUAAAAUGUAAUUUAACCAGGUAAGCCAGUUGAGAACAAGUUCUGGCCAAGAUAAAGCAAAGCAGUGCGGAAAAAACAACAACAACACAGAGUUACAUAUGGAAUAAACAAAACGUACAGUCAAUAACACAAUAGAAAAUCUAUAUAAAGUGUGUGCAAAUGUAGUAAGUUAUGGAGGUAAGGCAAUAAAUAGGCCAUAGUGCAAAAUAAUUAUAAUUUAGUAUUAACACUGGAGUGAUAGAUGUGCAGAAGAGUAUGUGCAAAUAGAGAUACUGGGGUGCAAAUGAGCAAAAUAAAUAACAAUGUAAAUAACAAUAUGGGGAUGCGGUAGUUGGGUGGGCUAAUUACAGAUGGGCUGUGUACAGGUGCAGUGAUCGGUAAGCUGCUCUGACAACUGAUGCUUAAAGAUAGUGAGGGAGAUAAGUGUCUCCAGCUUCAGAGAUUUUUGCAGUUCGUUCCAGUCAUUGGCAGCAGAGAACUGGAAGGAAUGGCGGCCAAAGGAGGUGUUGGCUUUGGGGAUGACCAGUGAGAUAUACCUGCUGGAAAGCAGACUACGGGUGGGUGUUGCUAUGGUGACCAAUGAGCUAAGAUAAGGCGGGGAUUUGCCUAGAAGGGAUUUAUAGAUUACCUGGAGCCAGUGGGUUUGGUGACGAAUAUGUAGUGAGGGCCAGCCAACGAAAGCGUACAGGUCAUCACGUAGUCCCGUGUAGCUCAGUUGGUAGAGCAUGGCGCUUGCAACGCCAGGGUUGUGGGUUUGAUUCCCACGGGGGACCAGUAUGAAAAUGUAUGCACUCACUAACUGUAAGUCGCUCUGGAUAAGAGCGUCUGCUAAAUGACUAAAGUGUAAAAAUAUGUCACAAUGGUGGGUAGUAUAUGGGGCUUUGGUGACAAAACGGAUGGCACUGUGAUAUACUACGUCCAAUUUGCUGAGUAGAGUGUUGGAGGCUAUUUUGUAAAUGACAUCGCCGAAGUCAAGGAUCGGUAGGAUAGUCAGUUUAACGAGGGAAUGCUUAGCAGCAUGAUUGAAGGAGGCUUUGUUGCGAAAUAGGAAGCCGAUUCUAGAUUUAACUUUGGAUUGGAAAUGCUUAAUGUGAGUCUGGAAGGAGAGUUUACAGUCUAACCAGACACCUAGGUAUUUGUAGUUGUCCACAUAUUCUAAGUCGGGGGGGGGGCAAGCUGUUGCGGAGGGUGCAGAGCUGUUGGCCGGGGUAGCCAGGUGGAAAGCAUGGCCAGCCGUAGCAAAAUGCUGGUUGAAUUUUUUAUCGGUAGUGACAGUGUUUCCUAGCCUCAGUGCAGUGGGCAACUGGGAGGAGGUGCUCUUAUUCUCCAUGGUCUUUAUAUUGUCCCAAAACUUUCUGGAGUUAGUGCUACAGGAUGCACAUUUCUGUUUGAAAAAGUUAGCCUUUGCUUUCCUAACUGAUUGUGUAUAUUGGUUCCUGACUUCCCUGAAAAGUUGCAGAUCGCGGGGGCUGUUCGAUGCUAAUGCCGUACGCCACAGGAUGUUUUUGUGCUGGUCAAGGGCAAAUGAGCAAAUGUUGCACAAUCCAGGUGUGGAAAGCACUUAUAGACUUACCCAGAAAUGAUUUGUUUAACACUUUUUUGGUUUCUACAUGAUUCUAUAUGUGUUAUUUCAUAGUUUUGAUGUCUUCACUAUUAUUCUACAAUGUUGAAAAUAGUAAAAAUAAAGAAAAACCCUGGAAUGAGUAGGUGUGUCCAAACCUUUGACUGGUACUGUAUGUAAAUUAGAUAUUUAUUGUAUUUCAUUUUAAAUACAUUUGCAAACAAUUCUCAAAACAUGUUUUCACUUUGUCAUAAUGGGGUGUUGUGUGUAGAUGGGUGAAAUAAAUGUCAUCCAUUUUGAAUUCAGGCUGUAACACAACAAACUGUGGAAUAAGUCAAGAGGUAUUAAUACUUUCUGAAGGCACUGUACAUGAUUACAUUGUGUAUGUUUAUUUAUACAGUAAUUAUUAUUCAAUAUGACCUCACCUGGGAUUUGAACUCACAACCUCUUGGUUGACAGCAUUCCGAUCUUCCUGCUACACCGCCAUGUCUGUGUCAAUAAAUGAUUUCACUUGGAUUCCUACACUUUGGACUUCAAAGUAAAUCUCAGCUUUGUUGAAAAUUCACUCAAGAAAAACGUUUAUAUUUUUCAUAGUGAUUCAGGAGUAACAUUAAAACGGAAUAAUAUGCCCCACAACUAUACAGAAAACCCUCAAGUUGCUGAAAUAAGUAAAUGAAAUCAUUGAUGAGAGAAUAGUCAGAUGAACUGAUAACUGAAAUAGCAGUGCAGAUGGCGUGCAGAGAUGUAUUAUAGUUAAUUAAUCUGUAUGGGACUUCUGAGAAUGCUACAGACUUUGUGGCGCAGCAGAAAGAUCAGUGUACUCCAGAUCAGGGGCGGUGUGUUCAUUAGGGCGAUAUGGGCGACGCACUGCCAAACGGGAAAAGGAAGGGAUUUUUUUUCUAAUCAAUUAUAUCACGGCAACAGUAGUUAUCAGUGUUCUAAUCGAGACGUCUGAUCUGCCACUACAUGUCCAAUCAGGCUAAAGUCGUGCUUCAAAUGGCCCCGCCCCUUUUGGGGCGAUUUCAGUCAGGUUGAAAAUCGCCCCAGAAGUCUCUCAUAGACUCUCAUGUAAAAUCUUUUUUUUUCAAAUAUCAGAGCUUUCAAUACAAUCUCUAUGGGUUCCGGGAGGGCUUGCACUUACGCGCUUUCGUCAUACGUAACAUAACCAUGAACGUAACUAAGAAAAGAGCGGGUAGCAGCGUCAAUCAAUUCACGUACUACUGUCAAGAUGGCUAGCGUUCAGUGCAACUCGAUUGUCUCUUUGAAAGAAGUUCCUUUUUGUCGGCGAACAAAUCAAGAUAAAUUGGCAGCGAAACAAUUAGGACCUCCCAGACCAAAUUUAAUAAUUCAACAGGUUUCUACUAAAGGGGGAAAGUCCUACAGCCGAGGAUUUUCCAAAAAUUGGUACGAACGAAAAACCUGGCUAGCAGGCUGCGAUGUAGCUAAUGCAGUCUUCUGCUACCCCUGCUUACUCUUUCACCCUGAAGGCGGCACGGCAGACAGCACCGCUUGGACAGCGACUGGUGUAACGGACAUGCACCAUCUUUCAGAAAAGAUUAAGAAACAUGAGCUGUCAAAGACCCACAUGGAUAGCUGUUUGAGAUUGUCUGCUUUGGGGAGAGUGAACAUUGCCACUCAACUGGAUGAGGGAUACAGGCUAGCUGUCCGCCGCCACAACGAUGAGGUUAGCAAGAACCGCCACAUCCUCAGCCGGCUAAUCCAGUGUGUGAAGUUUUGCUGAGUGUUUGAGUUAGCUUUGCGAGGCAAAGAUGAAACUGAGGGCUCCACCAACCCUGGUAUUUUUCUUCCAGAUCCAGAUGUUGUGAGUUCAAAUCCCAGGUGGGGUCAUUUUGAAAAAUCAGUACUAAGUGAUCAGGUCAAAUGUAAUCAUAUUGAUUAAAGAUGUUUACACUAUCUUAGCUGAACAGUGUGCCACUUACCUUAAAACGCCCAUAUCAUUUCAUUACAUCCCUUUCAAAAGAACCACAUGUGAAAUGUGCAGUUUCACAUGUUAAACUGAAGUAUUCACACGUGAAAACAAAAGAGACAUGUGAGGUCAGUUGUUCACAUGUGAAAGCAUAUGUUCACAUAAAUUAAAUUUGGAGUUCACAUGUUAAAACCACCUUUUCACAUGUGAGGAGAAGUGCAGACUGUAACACAACAAAAACAUUCACAUGUAAAAAUCGAAUUUGCAGUUUUACAUGUGAAAACUUUGAAAUGUUGUCAUGUGUAAUUUCAUGGUAUCACAGGUUAACAUGUUUGCAUCCCCAUGUUGUCACAUUUAUUUCACAUGAGAUCAUGUUAUCACAAAUGCUCAAAGAUUUUCACAUGUAGUUUCAUGUUAAUGUUAUCAUAUUAACUUCACAUAAGGUAAUGUGAAAUUCAUGUGUUUUUUCUGUGUAGUCGUUUUCUUUAGUGCUUUUCCUUUUAAUUCCUAUUUCAAUAAAUGUUUUACAUUUGUAAAGGCAGAUGCUGGUGUAUGACCACAGCAAAGGUGUGAAACAGCAUAAAAAUGGAUGGAUUUAUUAAUUAUAGUAUAUACCAUGGUGUAUGUCACACACCCACACACUGUUAAGGGUACAUUUUUAGUUGUGCCGGUGCUACUAAAAUCCUUCUCUUGGAUGGCUUACCUGUGUAAAGUCAUGUCCCUUUUUAUUCCAAAUAAAUAAAACAAAUGACCGCAACAACAACGUUUUCAAUUCAUGGUGCUCUUGUUUAUAUUUUUAAAAAGCUGACGUAUUUAUUUUAAGAAAUAAGAGCAUCAUGAAUUGAAAACUUUGCUGUUGCUGUCAUUUGUGGGAGAUGCUGUGACCAUUCGUCUUUUGGAAUAACCAGGACACUUUAAAGUAUAUUUGCACAGCUCUCGGUUCCCAUUAGACUUGCUCUCAAUCAAUUAAUAAUACAUGGGCUAAUGUCUAGACAGCUCUCCACUUGUUUGACAAAAGUAUAGAUCUGCAACAUGUUCAUAUCACUCAUGCACACACUGCAUGGUAUCUCAGGAAUACAAGUCUUUUUAAAGUUGGAUACACUUUCUAAAGCGCUUUCUAAACACAAAUGUCGCAGUAGGAAAUGGAGCCGUGUGUUGGAGCCAUGUGAUAAUGAUGUAUCUUUGUAAUGGAGGUGACGGCCAAAACUCUCACUCCAGCUCCCAUUACCCAUCUACGUACUCAGUUGGUACCUGAAAUCUUUCUCUCUCACUCUUUGCUCUCUAAGUCACAGCUGAGUGUUCAAAAGGAGCCGCCUCUCAUCUCGUCUCAUCUCCCGCUCGAGUGCCACCCACUAACACCCCCUAAUACCCACACUGUACACACUUCCUUUCAAAGCCCACGUACGUCGCUAGCUAGCUAACGCAUAUUAAAGAGAGAGAGAGAGAGUUGGAUCAAUGCACUCGUUAGUCCCACAGAUCAAAGCUUCAAGCCAAGGAUGAUCUCAUUAUUGAAGCGAUCAUCGAUCUCUCUCCUUCUCCCUCUUCCCUCUCACCUUUUCAUCCAUUCAGAUGUACUUGUUUGUACUUUACAGUAGGAGUGUGUUUUGUUACAGACUUGUAGGUUCGAGACUACACUUUCACUUACCGUAUUUUCGUACAUUUUUUACUUUUUUAGUAGAGGAAAACGUGAAUACAGUAAUUGUAACUCUGUUAGGUCCCCUGUCACCCUUCUAUGACCUCUAUAACUUAAACGUAUAAAAUACUAGAAUCUACUAAUAGACAAGGUCAACAGCUCCCUUCCUCUUCCACAUGAAGCCUCACACUCUUCUUCCUCCACCUGAUUGCUCCUUGCAGGUCGAGCGUGAGUCAUGACGAUGUGUGUGUCUUCACACUGGCACUGAUUGGAGGUGUAAAAGCUCUGUGUCAUUGAGGCCAAUGCUGUUAACAUCUCGCUUGGACCCUGUCACGACUCUCCUUUCGACUGUUCCAUAUUUGUUUGUACUCACUAAUGAUAGUCAUGUUCGUGCCUGUGUGUGUCUGACUCGUAUCUCUGUGUGUGUUGUGUGUCUGUUUCUAUGUGGCAUGUCUCUGUGUGUGUAUGUGGUGUGUGUUUGUGUGUGUGUCUUGAUGUGUGUGUGCACAUGUGUGUGUUGUGCAGAAGUGCUCGGCCACGUCGCUGUGCAGUAUCACCACAGAGGUCCUGAAGGUGCUCAACGCCACAGAGGAGCUGAUUGGUGAGGCGGGGGGCGAUAGCGUCACCCCCUCUGAGUGUAUGAGUGCGUCUGAGUCCUUCUCCAGCAGCUUAGAGACCAGGAAGCUGGACCAGAAACUCACCAAGAUGGAGGAAAACGUAAGACCCACAGCCUACAUACAUCUGCAUGUUGGUGGUCACUAUCUGGCCAUGCUAGAAAGGACCAAAGUGCAGCGCUUUCUAAACCCUAAAUAGCGUAUGUGUACUUGCUCAUCUGAAGUCAAUAUCAGAGCCACUUUUGUCCCUCUUAGCAUGACCAUAUAGUGACUACCCCCUGUAGAGACUAAACAAGAAAGGCCCAAGGAUAGAGCCCUGUGGGACCCCAACAUUGUUACGCUCAGCACCUGUGCCCAUUGACCUCUCCUGUAACACUUGACUUGUCCCUCCCUGUAGGUGUACCUGGCUGCGGGGGCGGUGUACGGCCUGGAGGGGGCACUGGGGGACCUGGAGGAGAUGGCCCGAGGCAUCAGCAGUGGCACCUCAGACAGAGAGCUGGCCUUCCUGGAGGACCAGGUUGGCCACUGCCGCCGCCCAGGUGCAGCAGUCUGAGCUCCAGGUAGGGGUGUCCAUUCAUAUCAAAACGCCCAGUUGUUUCUAUGAAUGCAUUCCAUGCUGAUUACAUUGCAGACGCAUGUUAGAAUCGACGCAUGCCCAACUGUGCAGUUGAUGACGUGGCAAUGUGGUGGGCAUGGAACGCAACCAAUGUCUGAUGGUCCUGUAAGGAUGCAGGUUUUAAUGUGGAGACUGGAGAGAAUGCGGAGGAUAUGUAAUUGUAUUCCAAUGGUGUCUUAUUAAUUAAUCAAUUAAUUAAAUUAACCUGAGCCUUGAUGUACUCUACACUACAUCUACAGCAAAUGUAAUUUUCUUUUCUGAAUAAUUUUUAAUCUUUCUCCUCCAGAUAUCAGACAUCGAGGUGAGGAUAUUAUCUCUAAAAACAGCUGGUCUGAACGUCGCCGCCUGCAAUCGUUUCUCCAAGUUCUCCAAUCCAAAACCUAAGGUACUGUAGUAUAUUCCCACCUCACAAUUAUUACACACUGCUACACCCUCAUAUGGCCACUGUAUUCACCGUACUGAUCUGUCAUUCUGCAGCCUCAAACCCUUGACACGUCACGCCAACAGAGGAGGAAACUACCUGCCCCUCCAGUCAAAGGUAACAGACAACUUGUUGAAAUGAUCACAAAGAAAAUCUGGUUUGAACAUUUGCUUUUGAAAAAUGUUAAAUGUUCUGUUUAAUCCAUUUCCUUUUUCGACUUCUUUUUAAUGGAGUUUAUAGGGUUGACUCCCCUUGUUGAUAAAAAAAAGUACCAGGUCGCAAAAAAGACCCAAACUUUGUCACUUCAUAAAAUGUCAGACUGUGUAAUGUCACACUGUCUCAAUGAGCAGGUUUUGCCUUUCAGAAGUCUGAAAAUACACUCAUACCUUCUUUAGGCUUUGAUGUGCGUGUUGCAUAGAUCGUGGCUGACAUCACUGUGGCAACAGAAAGUUGUCUGCUCCACAGAAUAACACACCCUUUUCCAUGUGUGGACGUUGGCUUGGCAGAAAGAUUUGUGUUCAUACUUAGAAGACUAACAUCACGUUUGGAUCUAAAGGAAGAGGUUGAAUGGAUGCCAGACUAAAUGUACCAGGUAGAGAGGGAAGAUAUAGACAGGAAAGAAAGAGAAAGGUUCCAUUAGGAAAGAGAGAAGGAGCACAGAGAAUAAGAGACGAAUCGGACGGCUGCGUCAUUAAUUAAUUAUUAAUGGGGGUUAUUCUUUUUUUGAUACCAUCAAGCAGCUUUUCCACAUGGUUAGUGAAUCACUCGGUUUUAGCCUUAGUUUCAAAGUAAAACACAACACAACAGAGGCUAAAUCAAAGACGUGGUCUCAUAUAGUCAUAUAACAUCGAUAUCAGAACGGGAUCGACAGUGCAUCUUUGAAAGAGACUGUUAUUCGACUAUCAAUCAAUCAAAUGUAUUUAUAAAGCCCUUUUUACAUCAGCAGAUGUCACAAAGUGCUUAUACAGAAACCCAUCCUAAAACCCCAAAGAGCAAGCAAUGCAGAUGUAGGAGCACAGUGGCUAGGAAAAACUCCCUAGAAAGGCAGGAACCUUGGAAGAAACCUAGAGAGGAACCAGGCUCUGAGGGGUAGCCAGUCCUCUUCUGGCUGUGCCGGUGGAGAUUAUAGGAGUACAGGGCCGUUAAGGCUAGAUCGCUCAUUCAACAUUUUCAAACGUUCAUAGAUUACCAGAAUGGUCAAAUAAUAAUCACAGUGGUUAUAGAGGGUGCAACAGGUCAGCACCUCAGGAGUAAAUGUCAGUUGGCUUUUCCUAGCUGAGCAUUCAGAGGUCGAGACAGCAGGUGCGGUAGAGAGAGAAAGAGGGAGAGAGAGGGUCAUAACAUCAGGGCCGGGAUAAGGUAGCAGGUCACGUGAACAGGUCAGGGUUCCAUAACCACAGGCAGAACAUCAGAAACUGGAUCAGCAGCACGACCAGGUGGACUGGGGACGGGGACAGCCAGGAGUCAUCAGGCCAGGUAGUCCUGAGGUAUGUUCCUAGGGAUCAGGUCCUCCGGGAGGGGAGAGAGCGAGAGAGAGAGAUGGGAGAAUUAGAGGGUGCAUACUUAAGAUCACACAGGACACCAGAUAUGAAAGGAGAAAUACACCAGAUAGGACAAACUGACCCUUGCACAUAGAUUGUUGCAGCAUAGACACUGGGGACUGAGACAGGGGGGUCAGGGGACAAUGUGGGCACGUCUGAUGAUACCCCCGGACAAGGCCAACCAGGCAGGAUAUAACCCCACCCACUUUGCCAAAGCACAGCCCCCACACCACUAGAGGGAAAUCAACUGACUACCAACUUACUACCCUGAGACAAGGCGGAGUAUACAGUGCAUUCACUUUUUCCACAUUUUGUUAUGUUUAAGCCUUAUUCUAAAAUGGAUUAAAUAGUUUUUCCCCCCCUUAUCAAUCAACGCACAAUACCCCAUAAUGACGAAGCAAAAACAGGUUUGUAGACAUUUUUGCAAAUGUAUUAAAAAUAAAAAACGGAAAUAUAACAUUUGCAUAAGUAUUCAGACCCUUUACUAAGUACUUUGUUGAAGCACCUUUGGCAGCGAUUACAGCCUAGAUUCUUCUUGGAUAUGACGCUACAAGCUUGGCACACCUGUAUUUGGGAAGUUUGUCCCAUUCUUCUCUGCAGAUCCUCUCAAACUCUGUCAGGUUGGAUGGGGAGCGUCGCUGCACAGCUAUUUUCAGGUCUUUCCAGAGAUGUUCGAUCGGGUUCAAGUCCGGGCUCUGGCUGGGCCACUAAAGGACAUUCAGAAACUUCUCCCGAAGCCACUCCUGCGUUGUCUUGGCUGUGUGCUUAGGGCCGCUGUCCUGUUGGAAGGUGAACCUUCGCCCCAGUCUGAAGUCCUGAGUGCUCUGGAGCAGGUUUCUAUCAAGGAUAUCUCUGUACUUUGCUCUGUUCAUUUUUCCCUCAAUCUUGACUAGUCUUCCAGUCCCUGCAGGUGAAAAACAUCCCCACAGCAUGAUGGUGCCACCACCAUGCUUCACCGUAGGGAUGGUGCCAGGUUUCCUCCAGAUGUGACGCUUGGCAUUCAGGCCAAAGAGUUCAAUCUUGGUUUCAUCAGACCAGAGAAUCUCGUUUCUCAUGGUCUGAGAGUUUCUCAUGGUCUUAGGUGCCUUUUUGCAAACUCCAAGCGGGCUGUCAUGUGCCUUUUACUGAUGAGUGGUUUCCGUCUGGCCACUCUACCAUAAAGGCCUGAUUGGUGGAGUGCUGCAGAGAUGGUUGUCCUUCUGGAUGUUUCUCCCAUCUCAACAGAGGAACUCUGGAUCUCUGUCAGAGUGACCAUCAGGUUCUUGGUCACCUCCCUGUCCAAGGCCCUUCUCCCCCAAUUACUCCGUUUGGCCGGGCGGCCAGCACUAGGAAGAGUCUUGCUGGUUCCAAACUUCUUCCAUUGAAGAAUGAUAGAGGCCACUGUGUUCUUGGGGACAUUCAAUGCUGCAGGAAGUUUUUGGUGCCCUUCCCCAGAUCUGUGCCUCAACAAAUUCCUGUCUUGGAGCUCUACGGACAAUUCCUUCGACCUCAUGGCUUGGUUUUUGCGCUAACAUGCACUGUCAACUGUAGGACCUUAUAUAGACAGCUGUGUGCCAUUCCAAAUCAUGUCCAAUCAAUUGAAUUUACCACAGGUGUACUCCAAUCAAGUUGUAGAAACAUCUCAAGGAUGAUCAAUGGAAACAGGAUGCACCUGAGCUCAAUUUCGAGUCACAUAGCAAAGGGUCUGAAUACUCAUGUAAAUAAGGUAUUUCUGUUUUUUUAUUUGUAAUACAUUUGCUAAAGAUUCUAAAAACCUGUUUUCGCAUUGUCGUUAUGGGUUAUUGUGUGUAGAUUGAUGAGCAAAAAAUAUAUUUAAUCCAUUUUAGAAUAAGGCGCUGUAACGUCACAAAAUGUGGAAAAAGUGAUGCGGUCUGAAUACUUUCCGAAUGCACUGUAGCCCAAGGAGAUCUCCCGGACCACACAUUUACAUUUACAUCAUUUAGCAGACGCUCUUAUCCAGAACGACUUACAAAUUGGUGCAUUCAACUUAUGAUAGCCAGUGGGACAACCACUAUGGGGGGGUGGGGGAGGGAGGGGUAGAAGGAUUACUUUUAUACUAUUCCAGGUAUUCCUUAAAGAGGUAGGGUUUCAAGUGUCGCCGGAAGGUGGUCAGUGACUCCGCUGUCCUGGUGUCGUGGGGGAGCUUGUUCCACCAUUGGGGUGCCAGAGCAGCGAAUAGCUUUGACUGGGCUGAGCGGGAACUGUGCUUCCGUAGAGGUAGGGGGGCUAGCAGGCCAGAGGUGGAUGAACGUAGUGCCCUCGUUUGGGUGUAGGAUCAGAGCCUGAAGGUAAGGAGGUGCUGUUCCCCUCACAGCUUCGUAGGCAAGCACCAUGGUCUUGUAGUAGAUGCAAGCCUCAACUGGAAGCCAGUGGAGUGUGCGGAGGAGCGGGGUGACAUGAGAGAACUUGGGAAGGUUGAACACCAGACGGGCUGCAGCGUUCUGGAUAAGUUGUAGGGGUUUAAUGGCACAGGCAGGGAGCCCAGCCAACAGCGAGUUGCAGUAAUCCAGACGGGAGAUGACAAGUGCCUGGAUUAGGACCUGUGCCGCAUUCUGUGUGAGGUAGGGUCGUACUCUGCGAAUGUUGUAUAGCAUGAACCUGCAGGAUUGGGUCACCGCUUUGAUGUUAGCGGAGAACGACAGGGUGUUGUCCAGGGUCACGCCAAGGUUCUUUGCACUCUGGGAGGAGGACACAAUGGAGUUGUCAACCAUGAUGGCGAGAUCAUGGAGCAGGCAGUCCUUCCCCGGGAGGAAGAGCAGCUCCGUCUUGCCAAGGUUCAGCUUGAGGUGGUGAUCCGACAUCCACACUGAUAUGUCUGCCAGACAUGCAGAGACGCGAUUCACCACCUGGUUAUCAGAAGGGGGAAAGGAGAAAAUUAAUUGUGUGUCGUCUGCGUAGCAAUGAUAGGAGAGACCAUGUGAGGAUAUGACAGAGCCAAGUGACUUGGUGUAUAGAGAGAAUAGGAGAGGGCCUAGAACUGAGCCCUGGGGGACACCAGUUGUGAGAGCACGUGGUGCGGAGACAGAUUCUCGCCACGCCACCUGGUAGGAGCGACCUGUCAGGUAGGACGCAAUCCAAGAGUGAGCAGCGCUGGAGAUGCCCAACUUGGAUAGUGUGGAGAGGAGGAUCUGAUGGUUCACAGUAUCAAAGGCAGCAGAUAGGUCUAGAAGGAGGAGAGAGAGUUAGCUUUAGCAGUGUGGAGAGCCUCCGUGACACAGAGAAGAGCAGUCUCAGUUGAAUGACCAGUCUUGAAACCUGACUGGUUUGGAUCAAGAAGGUCAUUCUGAGAGAGAUAGCAGGAGAGUUGGCUAGAGAUGGCACGCUCAAGAGUUGUUGACAUCGGAGGGAUCGAGUGUAGGUUUUUUGAGGAGGGGUGCAACUCUCGCUCUCUUGAAGAUGGAAGGGACAUGGCCAGCGGUCAAGGAUGAGUUGAUGAGCGAGGUGAGGUAAGGGAGAAGGUCUCCGGAAAUGGUCUGGAGAAGAGAGGAGGGGAUAGGGUCAAGCGGGCAGGUUGUUGGGCGGCUGGCCGUCACAAGUCGCAAGAUUUCAUCUGGAGAGAGAGGGGAGAAAGAAGUCAAAGCAUAGGGUAGGGCAGUGUGAGCAGGACCAGCGGUGUCAUUUGACUUAAUAAAUGAGGAUCGGAUGUCGUCAACCUUCUUUUCAAAAUGGUUGAUGAAGUCAUCCACAGAGAGGGAGGAGGGAGGGGGAGGAGGAGGAUUCAGCAGGGAGGAGAAGGUGGCAAAGAGCUUCCUAGGGUUAGAGGCAGAGGCUUGAAAUUUAGAGUGGUAGAAAGUGGCUUUAGCAGCGGAAACAGAGGAAGAGAAUGUAGAGAGGAGGGAGUGAAGAGAUGACAGGUCCGCAGGGAGUCUAGUUUUCCUCCAUUUCCGCUCAGCUGCCCGGAGCCCUCUUCUAUGAGCUCACAAUGAGUCAUCAAGCCACGGCGGAGCAGGAGGGGAGGACCGAGCCGGCCGGGAGGAUAGGGGACAUAGAGAGUUAAAAGAUGCAGAAAGGGAGGAGAGGAGGGUUGAGGAGGCAGAAUCAGGAGAUUGGAAGGAGAAGGAUUUAGCAGAGGUAAGAGAUGAUAGGAUGGAAGAGGAGAGAGUAGCGGGAGAGAGAGAGCGAAGGUUGCGACGGCACAUUACCAUCUGAGUAGGGGCAGAGGGGGUAGUGUUGGAGGAGAGCGAGAGAGAAAAGGAUACAAAGUAGUGGUCGGAGACUUGGAGGGGAGUUGCAGUGAGAUUAGUAGAAGAACAGCAUCUAGUAAAGAUGAGGUCAAGCGUAUUGCCUGCCUUGUGAGUAGGGGGGGGACGGUGAGAGGGUGAGGUCAAAAGAGGAAAGGAGUGGAAAGAAGGAGGCAGAGAGAAAUGAGUCAAAGGCAGACGUAGGGAGGUUAAAGUCACCCAGAACUGUGAGGGGUGAGCCAUCAUUUUACAUUUACAUUUUAGUCAUUUAGCAGAUGCUCUUAUCCAGAGCGACUUACAGUUAGUGAGUGCAUACAUUUUCAUACUGGUCCCCCGUGGGAAUCGAACCCACAACCCUGGCGUUGGAAACGCCAUGCUCUACCAACUGAGCUACACGGGACUCCAUCCUCAGGAAAGGAACUUAUCAAGGCAUCAAGCUCAUUGAUGAACUCUCCAAGGGAACCUGGAGGGCGAUAAAUGACAAGGAUGUUAAGCUUGAAUGGGCUAGUGACUGUGACAGCAUGGAAUUCAAAUGAGGAGAUAGAUAGAUGGGUCAGGGGAAAAAGAGAGAAUGUCCACUUGGGAGAGAUGAGGAUUCCUGUGCCACCGCCGCGCUGACCAGAUGCUCUCGGGGUAUGCGAGAACACAUGAUCAGACGAGGAAAGAGCAGUACUAGUAACAGUGUUUUCUGUGGUAAUCCAUGUUUCUGUCAGCGCCAAGAAGUUGAUGGACUGGAGGGUAGCAUAGGCUGAGAUGAACUCUGCCUUGUUGGCCGCAGAACGGCAGUUCCAGAGGCUGCCGGAGACCUGGAACUCCACGUGGGUCAUGCGCGCAGGGACCACCAGAUUAGAGUGGCAGCAGCCACACGGUGUGAAGCGUUUGUAUGGCCUGUGCAGAGAGGAGAGAACAGGGAUAGACAGACACAUAGUUGACAGGCUACAGAAAAGGCUACAAUAAUGCAAAGGAGAUCGGAAUAAAAUUAACUAAACAUCUGGGAAAGCGAGAGAGCGGGGCCUCCCUCACUUACGUUUCACUGAAACACUCAAAUAUAACUCUCCCAACUUCCACUUUAGAAAUUAUAGUUGUUGUAAACUACAGCGGUUCAAUGUUUUCUAGGAAUAGACUCUAACUUAGUUUACUAGAUGCAGUUAGUUAGCUAUAGAAUAGUUACCAUAUUAGCUAGCCAUUGCUCUAUGUCAACGAACCAACCCCUCCUCCCACGGUAUGAAACACACAGAGAGAGCCAAGCUAACGGUAACUAGUCGCCCAUGUCUUGAAUUCCUUUUGAACGACUCUGGUUACUAGUAUGUAUAAAUAAAAUUAAAAUAAAUGUAGGUUAUAACUUACCCUUAGUAGCUACUGUUAUCUAGUUACGUGUAAAGCUAGCUACUGAAUCGAUUUAGCACGUCGUUCGCGUCUGUCCCAACGGAGAGAAAGCGUCUCCAAACAUUACAGCUAGGUCGUUCCAGCUAUUGUUUAGUUAGCUAUCCAGGUAGCAACAAGCUUGCUACAUUUCGAGUACAGUAGCUCCUACUACUACCUAACGAUAAUGCUUCAGAUAAUGAGGUUAGAAAAACAGCUGAAUGGUAGGUAGCUAUCUGGCAUAAUUACAGGUACUCUUAAGUGUGAAAUAACAUUGGAAACAACUAUCCACAGUUGCUAAUAGUUACCAGUAGCUACCCGCUAGCUAGCUAGCUUUAUUGGUCCAGGUAGUGGGUUAGCUAUCCUCGUGCUUCACUGGGCUCAGCCGAAUACAAUACUUACCUACGAUAAUUACCUACAAUAACUACCUAGAUAAACUACCUACAAUACCUAACUACAAUACCUACCUACAAUCUAAAUACAUGGUUUAAGCUUUACUCGACACCAUAUUAAGAAGAAGCUAAGCUUACCUCCCGCUUAGAGAAACCCAUCCUCACCCCAUCGCUUGGCUCAACUUCCUAUAUUCAUAUCCAACCCUAUUCACAGUUUCAAGCACCUGUAUGUGUCUCUGGCAUUCAAAACCAUUUAGCAUCUAUUCCAAAAAGAAAACACAAUUUACUAUUAACACUUAGAAUCAUAUCAUGUUUUUCUGUCAACAUAAUGUGAUGCUUCUAUCUGGCUGCAUCACUGUGUCAAUCAUAGACAUUCAAAUCAGUAGAUAGAGAUAGCGCUGACGUCAUCCACAUAUUCCUAUGGAAAACUCCUGAUGGCGCAUGAAGCCGGGGGCACAAGACCAGACAGGAAGAUAACGUGACUCAAUCCACUCAAAUCGAGUAUAGCGAAAAUAGCCUGGCAAGACAUGAUGCACCCCUCCUAGGGACGGCAUGGCAGAGCACUAGCAAUUCAGUGACUCAACCCCCGUAAUAGGGUCAGAGGCAGAGAAUCCCAGUGGAGAGAGAGGAGCCGGCCAGGCAGAGACAGCAAGGGUGGUUCGUCACUCCAGUGCCUUGCUGUUCACCUUCGCACCCCUGGGCCAGACUACACUCAAUCAUAGGACCUACUGAAGAGAUUAUUCUUCAGUAAAGACUUAAAGGUUGAGACCGAGUCUGCGUCUCUCACAUGGAUCGGCAGACCAUUCUAUAAAAAUGUUGCUCUAUUGGAGAAAGCCCUGCCUCCAGCUGUUUGCUUAGAAAUUCUAGGAACAAUAAGGAGACCUACAUCUUGUGACCGUAGCGUACGUGUAGGUAUGUACGGCAGGACCAAAUCGGAGAGAUAGGUAGGAGCAAGUACAUGUAAUGCUUUGUAGUUUAGCAGUAAAACCUUGAAAUCAGCCCUAGCCUUAACAGGAAGCCAGUGUAGAGAGGCUAGCACUGGAGUAAUAUGAUCACAUUUUUGGUUCUAGUCAAGAUUCUAGCAGACGUAUUUAGCACUAGCUGAAGUUCAUUUAGUGCUUUAUCCGUGUAGCCGGAGAGCAGAGCAUUGCAGUAGUCUAAUCUUGAAGUGGCAAAAGCAUGGAUUACCUUUUCUGCAUCAUCAGAUUUUUGCAAUGUUAUGGAAAAAAGCUGCUCUUGAAAUAUUUUUGAUAUGUUCGUCAAAAGAGAGAUUAGGGUCCAGAGUAACGCCAAGGUCCAUCACAGUUUUAUUUGAGACGACUGUACAACCAUCGAGAUUAAUUGUCAGAUCAAACAGCAGAUCUCUUUGUUUCUUGGAACCUAGAACUAGCAUCUCUGUUUAAAAGUAAAAAAUGUGCCGCCAUCCACUUCCUUAUGUCUGAAACACAUGCUUCCAGGGUAGACAAUUUUGGGGCUUCACCAUGUUUCCAAAAAAUUUACAGCAAUGUGUCGACUGCAUAGCAGUGAAAGUUGACAUUGUGUUUCCAAAUGACAUCACCAAGAGGUAGUAUAUAUAGUGAAAACAAAAGGGGUCCUAAAACAGAACCUUGAGGAACACCGAAACUUACCAUUGACUUGUCAGAGGACAAACCAUCCACAGAUUUAGAUAAGCUCUAAACCAGGCAAGUGCUUGUCUGCGUAGACCAUUUUGGGUUUCCAAUCUCUCCAAAACAGUGGUCGCCAACCGGUCGAUCGCAAUCGACUGGUCGAUCUUCAAGGCAUUCCUAGUCCAUCACCAAACAUUUCUGUAGAAAAGCCAACGAUAAAGGCUUGCACUCCUUUUUUUUUUUAUUAUUGAUUUUGCGCUGUUGGCGGUAGGUGCACUUGAUUCAGAAGCCCUGCGCACCGGGUAAGCAAAGUGUUCCCAUUUUGAACCAUUUCAUUUGUCUGAAAAGACAAACUCCGCCUACCCGGUGGACCGGGAGAUCUGUGGCUAGAUCGAGUGCUCCUACUGCGCUGGCCAAUUGGAUAGCUCAAAUCACCAUACCUAUAGAGCUUCUACGACCCCGGCCACAGCAAAGUUUGAUACUAGCCUACAUAAGAUUUAAUAAUUUGUAAAACCAUGACCACAGAGAGACUGUCAAAGAAUACAGCAAAGAGCUGCUGUUUUUAUGAGUGAGUUCAUGUUUGUUUUUAUUCAGCUCAGUCAACACUGUUUUUAUUCAACACUAUUACAAAACAUAAAACGCGCUUCUCCAUACUUCCACUCGCGCUGCAAUGAAUGAGUAGCCAAGUGUAUCAUUAGCCCUGUGUUUUUAUUAUUAUUAGCAGCUCGUCAAGUCUACUAUAAUAUAGAGAGAUAUUUCACAUUCUCUGGUCAUAGGAACAACAUCACUUUGUGUAUGACUGAGGCAGAUGCGGUGCGACUCGAGUUUCGCCAUCAGGUGAAAGAGGUCUACCCUCUCUGGUCAGUCUCACCGGAGGAAAGGAAGGAGAGUGCAGGGACCGUGAGAGGUGGACCCUCUGCUGCUCUGUCCCUCCCGCCGCUGACUUGGAAUUCCAAGUCGGAAACUCUCCGACCUAAAGACCACUGCCGUCAUGAUUUGACCUUUGUUUUUUUUCGAGUUCCCAGUUGCCUUGAAAGCACCAUGACCAUCAGAUGCAGGUACCAUCAGUCCAGUAAAAUAAAAAAGCAAAUUAUUUCAAUUUAUGGUCCGCAGUCCCUUGCAAGUGCUACACCAACUGAUCUAUUUUGUUAUCAAAGCUUGAGUUUUGAAAUAACAAUAUUGUCAGGCCAGGCCAGCCAAAAAUCUGAGUGGUAGAUCUCUGCUUCCUUUUUGACUGCGAAAGUGAUCUUGACUCAGAAAAGGUUGGUGUCCACUGCUCCAAAAGAAUGUGGUGAUCGAUGAUGUUAAAAGCGGCACUAAGGUCUAGUAGCACAAGGACAGAUGCAGAGCCUUGGUCUGACGCCAUUAAAACUUAAUUUACCACCUUCAUGAGUGUAGUCUCAGUACUAUGAUGGGGUCUAAAAUCAGACUGGAGCUUUUCGUAAAAGCAACAGCUUUUUCAACAACAACAAAAAUGUGAGGAAUGGGAGAUUCGAUAUAGGCCGAUAGUAAAACAAAACAAAAAAAAGUGUGGGUCAAGGUUUGGUUUUUUCAGGAGAGGCUUUAUUACUGCCACUUUUAGGGAGUUUGGUACACAUCGGGAGGAUAGGGAGCCAUUUAUUAUGUUCAAUAUAGGAGGGCCAAGCACAGGAAGUAGCUCUUUCAAUAGUUUAGUUGGAAUAGGGUCCAGUAGGCAGUUGGAAGGUUUAGAGGCCAUGACUAUUUUCGUGAAUGUGUCGACAGAUACAGGAUUAAAAAUUUCCAUUGAUCCGAGGUCCUGGCAGUUCUGUGCAGACUCAGGACAACUGAGUUUUGGAGAAAUACACCUAUUCAAAGAGGAGUUUGUCAUUUGCUUUCUAAUGAUCAGGAUCUUUAAGUUGAAGAAGUUUAUGAAUUCAUCACUGCUGAAAUGAAGGGCCUCCUCACUUGGGGAAUGCUGCUUUUUUGUUAGCUUUGCAACAGUAUCAAAAAUGAAUGUAGGAUUGUUUUUAUUCUCCUCAUUCAGGUUUGAAAAGUAGGCUGAUCGAGCAGCAGUGAGGGCUUUUCGAUGUUGCACGUUACUGUCUUUCUAAGGUAGUCAUUAGACUUUCAAUUUGGUGCAGCGGCAUUUCUUUUCCAAUUUUCUGGAAGCUUGUUUCAGGGCUCAGGUAUUUUCUGUAUACCAUUUGUUUUUGUUUUUAGGGGUGCGACUGCAUCUAGGGUAUUACGCAAAGUUAUGUCUAGAUCCUCGGUUAGGUGGUUUACAGAUUUUUGUACUCCAAUGUCCUUGGUAGGUGGAGGGAGUCUGCAAGGGCAUCUAGGAAUCUUUGCGUUGUCUGAUUAAUUUAUAGUGCAGCUCUUGAUAAUCCUUGGUUGGGGUCUAAGCUAAUUAUUUGUUGCGAUUGAAAAAGCGUAAUAAAAUGGUGGUCCGAUAGUCCAGGAUUAUGAGGAAAAACAUUUAGAUCCACAAUAUCUAUUCCACGGGACAAAACUAGAUCUAGGGUAUGAUUGUGGCAAUGCGUAGGUCCCGAGUCGAUGAUGGCUCCGAAAGCCUUUCGGAGUGGGUCUGUGGACUUGUGAAUAUUGAAGUCACCAAAAAUGUGAAUACAGAUGCAGCUCAAUAAAUUAGAAUAUUGUGGAAAUGUUAAGUUUCAAUAAUUCAAUUGACAAGUGAAACUCAUAAAUAUCGUGGAUUAAUUACACAAAAAGUGAAAUAGUUCAAGCCUGUAUUUGUUUUAAUCUUGAUGAUUAUGGCUUACAGCUCAUGAAAACCCCAAAUUCAGUAUCUCAGAAAAUUAGAAUAUGACAUAAGACCAGUGAAAAAAGGAAAUUUAAUACAGACAUGUCAGCCUUCUGAAAAGUAUGUUCUUGUACAUGCAGUCAGUACUUGGGUUGGGGCUCCUUUUGCAUGAAUCACUGCAUCUAUGCGGCGUGGCAUGGAGUCGAUCAGCCUGUGGCACUGCUGAGGUGUUAUGGAAGCCCAGGUUGCUUCGAUAGCGGCCUUCAGCUCGUCUGCAUUGUUGGGUCUCGUGUCUCUCAUCUUCCUCUUGACAAUACCCCAUAAAUUCUCUAUGGGGUUCAGAUCAGGCGAGUUUGCUGGCCAAUCAAGCACAGUAAUCCCAUGGUCAUUGAACCAGGUUAUUGGUACCUUUGGCAGUGUGGGCAGGUGCCAAGUCCUGCUGGAAAAUGAAAUCAACAUCUCCAUAAAGGUUGUCAGCAGAAGGAAGCAUGAAGUGCUCUAACAUUUCCUAGUAGACGGCUGAGUUGACUUUGGACUUGAUGAAACACAGUGGACCAACACCAGAAGAUGACAUGGCUUCCCAAAUCAUCACUGACUGUGGAAACUUCACACUGGACUUCAAGCAACUUGGAUUAUGUGCCUCUCCACUCUUCCUCCAGACUCUGGGACCUUGAUUGCCAAAUGAAAUGCAAAAUGUACUUUCAUCUGAAAAGAGGACUUUGGACCACUAAGCGACAGACCAGUUAUUUUUCUCCUUAGCCCAGGUUAGACGCUUCUGAUGUUGUCUCUGGUUCAGGAGUGGCUUGACACGAGGAAUGCGACAGUUGUAGCCCAUUUCCUGGAUACGUCUGUGCGUGGUGGCUCUUGAUGCACUGACUCCUGCCUCAGUCCACUCCUUGUGAAGCUCCCCCACAUUUUUGAAUGGCCUUUGCUUGACAAUCCUCUCAAGGCUCCGGUUAUCCCUGUUGCUUGUGCAACUUUUCCUACCACACUUCUUCCUUCCACUCGACUUUCCAUGAAAAUGCUUGGAUACAGCACUCUGUGAACAGCCAGCUUCUUUAGCAAUGAUCUUUUGAGGCUUUCCCUCCUUGUGGAGGGUGUUGAUGACUGUCUUCUGCACAACUGUCAAGUCAGCAGUCUUCCCCAUGAUUGUGAAGCCUACUGAACUGGACUGAGAGACCAUUUAAAGGCUCGGGAAACCUUUGCAGGUGUUUUGAGUUAGUUAGCUGAUUGUGGGCUCCCGAGUGGUGCAGUGGUCUAAGGCACUGCAUCUCAGUGCUUGAGGCGUCACUACAGACCCCCUGGUUCGAUUCCAGGCUGUAUCACAACCGGCCGUAAUUGGGAGUCCCAUUGGGCGGCGCACAAUUGGCCCAACGUCGUCCGGGUUUGGCCGGUGUAUGCCAUUAUUGUAAAUAAGAAUUUGUUCUUAACUGACUUGCCUAGUUAAAUAAAGGUUAAAUAAAAUUGUAUGAGUGUGACACCUUGAGUCUACAAUAUUGAACUUUUUCACAAUAUUCUAAUUUUCGGAGAUAAUGAGGAGUUAAAGACCUGUCUAUGUUGAUAGAUAAGAUGAGAGCACCCCUCCAGCUAGGAUGGUGUCCGUCACUCCUCAGCAGGCCAGCCUUGGUCCUGUUUGUGGGUGAGUCCCAGACUAGAGCUUAUGUAAUGAUUAUUUAACUAAGGGACUAAUGUUUUGCUGUUUCUCUCUCUGUCUUGGGAACUUCUACAUUUUAUGCCAAAUUCUGAUGAAAUAUUACCAGAUACACUGAGUAUACAAAACAUUAGGAACACCUACCAAGUGACAGAUUGACCAGGUGAAUCAAGGUGAAAGCUAUGAUCCCUUAUUGAUGUCACUUGUUAAAUUAAUUCAGUGUAGAUUAAGGGGAGGAGACAGGUUUUUUAAGCCUUGAGACAAUUGAGACAUGGAUUGUGUAUGUGUGCCAUGGGCAAGACAAAAGAUUGAAGUGCCUUUGAACAGGUUAUGGUUGUAGGUGCCAGGCGCACCGGUUUGAGUGUGUCAAGAACUGCAACGCUGCUGGGUUUUUCACGCUCAACAGUUUCCCGUGUGUAUCAAGAAUGGUCCACCACCCAAAACAAAGCCAGAUAACUUGACACAACUGUGGGAGUCCACAUGGGCCAGCAUCCCUGUGGAACACUUUCGACACCUUGUAGAGUCUAUGCCCCGACGUAUUGAGGCUGUUCUGAGGGCAAAGGGGGGUGUUCCUAAUGUUUUGUCCACUCAGUGUAUAUGCAAUGCAAACUACAUUUAUGGUUAUGCUGUGUAUUGGCUUAAUUUGUCAUUGUGACUAUUGAAUACUCUCCUUAGCUACCUGAAUAGCUCAAGUCAUAUAUUUAUAUAUGUAUUUCCUCGUCUUUUUCCAGAUAAGGAGUCUGAGCAGCAAGUGAUAGCACUUCAGCCGUAGUGACAGACAGAUAGCACAAAGAGUCCCUCAGGGGCCCCGCGGGGUCUCUCCACUCCAGUGCCUUGAUCCAGUGUCCGCCUCGGGCUAUGCAGGGGCCAACACCUGCCCUGUGCACCCCACCCAGCACUCUCCUCAGCCAGGCACGGCCCCAUCCAGUCACCCCCUGAAUACCUCCAGACCCCCUUCCCUGCCUCUCCCAGCCCAGGACUGA